CUCCAUUUAUACCUCCGGCGCGGCGACGCACCCAGCAUCCUCUCCCUCCCGCACGAGCCAAGGGGACCAAAUCCCAAGCCUAGAUCUCGAGAACCCAAGAGGCGGAAUCGAAACCAGAGCCCCGGAACAUGUCAGCGCCGGCGACGGACGAGGCGGCGGUGGAGGCGCGCCUCCAGGCGCUGCGCCAGAGGCUCGGGAAGAAGCAGCACUUCGAGGAGGCCGUCGCCGAACUCGCCGCCACGGUCCGGGACCACUACGCCGGCGCCUCCCCCGCCCUCCGCAAAUCGAUGUAUUCUAUGGUUUGCCGUGUUGCAACAGUCCUUCAGACUAGAUAUACAGCUCCUGGAUUCUGGCGUGCUGGUCUAAACCUCUUGGUAGGAAUGGAGAAGCUGGUAACUAAUCCUUCUGAAAAGGAGCACUUGAAGACCUGCAUUUCAAGGGCCCGGGAGCAUCUUGAUGAAAAAGAAAAUGAGGACUCCAUGCCAAGCAACAGAGAAGCAGACUCCAGAUUUCUUUUUGAAGGUCACCUUACUGUGGGACCGGAACCUCCGCCUCCGGCAUGGCUUGUUGCCCAGAAUUUAGCACUAGAAUUGAGCAUAUUAACUGAAAACUCUGGGGAUCAAGAUGGGAACAACAAUAGAACAGAACUUAGAGCUGAGGAGAUGGCACCUGCUAUAAUGAACUUCUUAGACACCAUAUCAGGGGACAGGGAUCUAGAAACUGCCUUGGAAGAAUCACUGCAGGGAAUCAUGGGGAAUCCGCCCAAGGUACCCCCAGCUUCAAAGGAGGUUGUUGCCAAUCUACCAGUCAUAACUGUUACCGAUGAAGUCAUCGCUAGAUUGGGCAGUGAGACCGAGUGUGCUGUUUGCCGUGAAAACUUGGUUGUGGACGACAAGAUGCAGGAGCUGCCGUGCAAGCAUCUUUUCCAUCCUCCGUGCCUGAAGCCAUGGCUGGAUGAGAACAACUCCUGUCCGAUAUGUCGGCAUGAGCUGAGGACUGAUGACCAUGUAUAUGAGAGCAGGAAGGAGCGUGAGCGAGAGGAGGAGGAAGACAGGAGGGGAGCGGCGAAUGCUGUCAGGGGUGGGGAAUUCAUGUAUAUCUGAACUCAGCAAUACCAGAAUGUACUCAUUUACAGAGCUUUCUGAUUUGCUGAUACCUUCCUGUCGUUUUACCUGUGAAAUUAAGAGCGUCUCUCGUCCUCUCCAAAUUAA